AGCGAUUUCCAGUCAUUCAUUCAGUAAACAAAAAGCGGUGCUGGCGGAAUGGAGCUUCACAAUGCAAGGAUCACAAUUGGAAUUAUCCCGCUGCUCCUUGUGGCACUAUUGGUGAUUCCUGUGCAUUCGCAGGACUGUCAGCAGGAGAAUGAUAUGGAUACGGAUGAGCCACCCUGUGAGAAUUUCUAUCAACAUGCCUGUGGCAAUUGGUAUGCAAAUAUUUUCCAACGCAAUUUGGGGGCACACGAUAUGCACUCCAAGUGGAGUGCCAAUCUAAAGUUGAAACUGAUUCAUCAUUUUGAAAAUGUGGACACUACACCGCUGUCGAAUUACUAUAGAAGUUGCCUGUCUGCUGGUCAAACUCUACGUUCCUAUACCGAGGCAAUGGAACGAAGUGGUGCCAUCUUUCCAGUGCUGGAGAAGAACUCUACAUCAUCAUCAACGUUUGAUUGGAUCCUGGCCAAUGCUGCCCUGCGACAAUACGGUGCCCAGGGAUUAUGGCGUCUACUUGUCCAGGACAACUGGCAGUCGGCGGAGCAAAGGAUCUUCUACCUGCUGCCACCGCGCUUCGAUCUCCUGGGUGAGGACACAAUGAGUGAGUUCCUGUACCAAAGAUAUCUCAAAAUUCUGCUUAUUGAGUUGGGAUUGCGAGUGCGAAGGGCAGCUCUCCUGGCCGAACGUCUGGUGGAAUUUGAGCAGAGUCUACGGCAUCUCUUACCCAAAAAUGUAGAGCAAACAUUGGUGCUUCGAGAGCCUCAAGCUUUGAGGGAAUGGGAUCAGCAAUUGCCGCAUCUUCAACUUAAGCGUUACUUUGGAAUCCUGCUCGAAGGCUUAGACUGGGAUCCCUCAACUCUGCUAAUUGUGGCCGAUAUGGAUUAUUUGCAGGGUCUACAAAGGAUUCUAAGAACUAAUCCCCCCAACGAACUGAAUCCAUUGAUACUCUCCACUUGGCUACUACUCCAAUUGCCGGCACACUUUGAAUUGAGAAUGCAUGACGAUGAGAAUUUGAGCUCACAGCGAGAUCAUUGUCUCAAUCAAUUGCGUCUCCUAAUGCCCGCUGCCCUGGGACGAUUGCAAAUGGAGUUAGUUUUGGGUGCAAAUUAUAGAGAGGAAUAUGAUACAGCUGUUCAGCAAGUGGCCUUGCUCUUUAGGGAUCUCAAGCUGCAAUUUGAGGCAGCUUUGAAUGCCACAAAGGUCUUUGAACAGGAUCAAAAUACACGGCAAUUGGCCAGGGAGAAGUUAAGAGCGAUGCGAUUAAUCACUCCCAGAUUGCAGGAGGCACAAGGAUAUGCAGUGGGCUCAGGAGCAGGAUCAGGAGCAGGAUCAGGAGCAGUAUCUAGUUGGGAUGUCACCCUAAUGCAAUUGUCCCUCAACCAGGCACGCCUGGAAUUCCGUCAGGUCUUUGGUGAACCAGUGACCGCUGCUCCUGCGGAUCCUUUGGCCGUGAAUGCCUACUAUCGCCUCAAAUUGAAUCGCAUUGAAUUGCCGCUGGGACUUAUGGCCACCUCUCUGCUACAGCAGCAGGAGCAGCAGAAAUGCGACAAGGACCUGGAUUCCCAGGCUCGUUUCUCCGCCGGAUUGGGCUAUAUUAUUGCCCACGAGAUGGUGCAUGCCUUUGACUAUGAUGGCAUUAGCUAUGAUGCCGCCGGACAAUUGGCCAAUGGCCAGUGGCCGGCCAGAGCCAUCAUCAAGUUUGGCUUGAAGGCCAUAUGUUACCUGGGCAAUCGUUAUAGCAAUGCCACAUUGACGGUCAAUGAGAAUAUAGCGGAUAGUGAGGGACUCCGACUGGCCCUGGACAUGUAUCUGGCCAGGAGGCGGAAUGGUUCGAAUGGCGGAGAGGAGCAUCUCAGGAGCUUCUUUGUGGCCUUUGCCCAAAACUGGUGUGGAGUGGCGGCCACAGGAACAGGGACAGGAACAGAGACGAAGACUCCGCAGCAACUGCAGCACGCAGGACAUGCGGAGAGAGUCAACAAUGUCCUGGGCAAUAUGCCAGAGUUUGUUGAGGCUUUUCACUGCAAGGCAGGGAGUCGAAUGAAUCCCGCCGACAAGUGUCGCAUUUGGUGAUCAUUCUUGUUAUUUAAAUAAUUGUUUCUAAAUAAAUUGUGAAAAAUUAUAGUAAAAAAUUUAGGAAAUUUCACCAAAAUUUCCGGGAUAUUUAAUGAUCUUCUAUAAACUCUAGAAUAAAUACUACACUAUCUUUAA